UUCCUGUGUAUCACCCGACUCCAAGUAUGUUUAUUGCUUACUGUGGUGUUUAACUAAAGACGUAAAAUCUACCACUAGAUUUUUUUCACUGAUGUAAUAAAGUUUUGAACCUACCAAAUAGUUAUAACAGUGGUAUACUUAUUAGUGAAAUACCAGUAUACCUAAUCGAAGUGGCCAAAAUGUGGUAAAAGUCAUUUUCUGGAUUCCACAGAUAAUUAUUAUAAUUGGUUAAAGUCGUAUUUCCAACUCCAUAUACAAAAUGUAUUCAUGUCAAAAUAUAAACUUAUUUCCACCAGUCAGUUUAGAAUUUUCCCAGAGGUUAAAGACUCAUGCAUUAAAAUAGGUUGAAAUGAAAGCAAACUAGUUUUUUUAUUAUUCCAAUCAUACUUUUACCAUACACAAAUGUCCUGUUUGCAAGUUAUUCAGUCUUUUGUAAUCCACUUAACGUAGAUUAUUCAGUGAAUCAGUGUAGUGAAGCUCUUCUCUAUGUACAUUAUUUAUUUAUUUGAACCCAUAAAUAUUGGUACAGGGGGGAAUCAAAUAUAUAUAUACAUAAAACGAAGCAAUUUAAUAAGUGUAUAUUAACAGAAAGUAAAUAGUUGUAGGAAAUUUUCUGAUAAGUUUAUGUAAUGGGGAUUUAUUUUCAAUGUAGUUGCGUAUUGAUUACCAUGAUUUGAACCUGAAAAGAGAAUGGACUAGUUUUUAAAAAUUCGGUUUAUUGUCACAUCACUCAGUGGUUGUAACAUUGCAUGCUCUUUAGUUUUUAUCUUGUAUUACUUCAGAUAAGUUGUAAUGCAUAAUUUAAAGCAUCACAUAGCCUAUUCACCUGAAAUUAAAGGGCUUAUGUCAUUGUUGCGUACAUUAGAUAAGAUGUACUGCUAACCAUCAUAUCAUCAAGACGAACUAAAUGUCUGUUGUCAGUAUUGUAUUAAAUAAUGUAAUAAGUCAUCAAAGUUUAUAAUCCUCACUCAUUUCAAUUUAGUAGAAAGUUGACGUCAUAACGAUGUUAUCCUGAGAAAAAUAUUGACUGAGAUUUCUGGUACUGAUAAACUAUACCAUAAUGCACUCAUUUUUUAAGUUCAGAGCCUAAUUUUCUAAUAUUUUAAGGUCUUAGCCGUGUAUCUUGGCUUCGCUGCACUGUUGCGGUUUAACAUAAUGUAUCUUUCAUUUUCAGUUAUUUUCCUGCAUCAAAUGUACGUCUACGAAAGUCUAAACGUAUCCCGAGUUUGUCUUUGUCUGUUAACCUUUUGGAUUGGAAAAUGAAUUUUAUCUGGUCAUGCUAGAUACAUUUAUUAAUGUUAAAAUUUUAAUGUUGAUUAUUGUGCUAAUUAAAUUUCAUGGAGUUGAUAAGAUUCUAUUAGCAGGAAUAAUAGUGCUAUAUGCUAUUAAAAAAAGUAUUUUGUGCGGAUUAUCGAAAUGCACUUCACACAACCAGUGGUUCAAUAGUUAGAUCCAACUGCUGCGUAAAUAUUUGGCAAAAAUAAAAUCAUUUUAGAUGUUCAGGUAGCAAAUUUUGUGUGGAAAUUUCACAUCAUUGAACAUAAAGCAUCAGCAUAACAAAUAACUUGCAAACAUCUUGGCUACGAAAUAGAGAAUCCAGCGAAGAAAAUUUUCUUUUCGACGAAAUCAUUUACUUAAGCUGUACAUUCGUAGAUAUAUAUAGUUAUAUGGCUACAUUGUUAUUUCGAAAAGUAUUGUAAAUAUCGAGUUUUGUAACUCUUAGAAUUCAGCAUCAAUAUGCUAUUUAAGUGGCAUGUUCAAAUUAUUUGUUAGUUAAUUAAUCUAAUUAUUGUCGAAAAAAUGCAAUGUCCUGUGGGUCGUUGUGGCUACCAAUCAGUGUUGCCAGAAUAGCUCCAAGUGCGACUAUAUAAUUGAGACAAUAAUAAUAAAAUCCUUGAAAUAACAUACAUAUUGAUUUCAUUUUAGUUUCAAGGCUAAUGGUUUUGAAGUUAAAUAAAGUAUAUUGAUUUCUUCUACACAUGUUUCCUUGUUAGCUGUGAUCAAUCAUUGUCUUACUUUGUUCUAAGAGGUAAACUUCGGAAGUCAUUGACCUUGGCUUUGUGUCGGUGUUGUGGGUGUCUGUCGCUUAUUGUACCUAUAUUACAGUAUAUCUAAAUGAGAAAGCAUUAGUUUUAACAAAAUAUAUAUGUAAUAAUCUUGCUGAAAAACUACUUAUGAAUAACAUUUACGUUCAUAUAUACACAUUAUAACAUUACAGUUCAUAAUUUUUAACAACAGCUUCUCUGCAUUGUUGUAUAUAGAUUCAUAUUAUGGAUAUUAAUAGACCCCCAUUGAUUGCUUUAUAAUCUUGAUUAAUUAAUCAUUACCUAAAAAGUAGCUCAUGUUCAUAUUAUAUUGGUUGGAUAUUUUAUGUUAACGACAGCUUGAACUCCUUGAUAGAUGUCCUGUCAGUUGACCACUGGUUCUGGAAUCUAUUCGACUGGAACUUAAUGAUCGUAUACGUGGGCAAAUUAUUUAUUCGACCACGUCAAUAAUUCCAGCGUUUUAACUGUCGGUUGUGCCGUCGUAACAGAGACCUGUUUAUUUUGAUCUAUCAGAAAAGAUCAAGAACGCUAUCAGGCAAACCUUUCGUUCUACCUUAUCAGUGGUUAAGAAGAUAUGAAAAACCGAACACUUGCCCAAUGAGGAGUUGUACCACUGUUGUUUUUGGCUUUACUGAUGAAACCAAUGAUUGCCAAGAUUGGAUCAGUUCGAAAUGUUUCCAUGUCAACAUUUUUUCGGUAUAUGAUUCCAGUAAACUAAUAACUGUAAAUUUUGUGCCUAAUUUUACCUUUCACAUAUUUGGCUCAGGGAAGUUCAUUGUUAUCCGUUUUUUGUCCUCAUUAAUUUGUCUUUUCUAUUUAGUUAAUCAUCCAGAUAACCAAAUGUUAAUGACCUGUUGCAUUGAUCAGUCACCGGAUACUGGAUUACUUCCACAGGUUCCUAACCCUUCUGUUUUGUAUAAUAAAUCCAAUUGGAAGCAACCCCGUUUGCAGAAUAACGUGCAACAGCGUUCUAAUAAUUUUCGCGUAUUUAACAAUGUCAACACUAUUAGUCGAAAUAUAGUUCCUUUGCCAAUGAUUCAAAAUACUAACAAUAAAGAUCAAACCGAAAUUAAUCCAGCUCCACCUGCCUACGAACCAGAUCGACCACAUUUGUCCAUGAUUUCGACGUCCGAGUCCAAUAUUCUACAGUCGUGCGAUACUUCGGAUGUAGAACAUAAUGCCUCUACCCCACCAUUAUCAUAUAAACCCAGUCCUAUCACUGAACAAAUCAGUUCAUAUGCUGUAGUCCCAAAAACAUCAGGAGUCACAGAUCUUUCUUUGGAUAUCACUUCUCGAACUGUUGAUCCUCGUACUACUCUGUAUAUCGAUCGUCUUCCUUGGAAACUUAAUGAUGCUGAUAAAAUUCGUGAGCAUUUUGCUCAAUUUGGUCAUGUAGUAAACGUCAUCGCUAGAUACAAGGGCAUGGUAGGGUCCGCAGUGGUUGAGUUUUCUUCAUCAGAUGAAGCUGAGAAAGCCUAUCGAAGCCCCAUUCCUAUGUUUUCAAAUAGAUUUAUUCGAAUUUACACUCGUUUUCCAGAAAACUUCAAACACAAUGCUCGAAGUGUGACUAGUCGUUUCCCUCGUCCCAAGAGUAUACUGGAUCGUUUAGGAACACGACCUGUUCCUGGAAAUAACAAAAUUAAUUCAUAUUCAUGGAUGAGUAUGACUAAUGACUGUAUAGAAAAUCAACAAGUUCCUGGCAGCAUUCUUCCUGAUGAUACCCUCCAAAGGGGUAAUAGAUCUCGUUGGCGUUUAGAACGUAAUCCAACUAGUGGAGAUGCCUUAUUAUCUGGUGAUGAAGAAGACGAUUUAAUUGACGAAAAUCCUACCAUAGAUAGUCAUGAACGAAAUUCUGCCACUUUCAUCAAAGAACGUAGCAAAGCUUUUAAUCAAAGAAUUGAUAAAGUAGUAGAUAAUUAUGUUGAUCUUAAUGUUGAUCAAGAGUCAUUAUUAUUUACUCGUAAUCCUGAUACAGCAAGGCAACUCAAUAAUAAUAAUAUAACUGUUACGUCAAGUCCUUAUACUUUGUCGCAUAAACAAGAGGCUGAGGCAAUUCUUUGGGAGCGUCGUAAAAUGGCUGCAUUGAGGCAACGUAAAGAACAACUUAUGCUUUUAGAUAAGUCUCGUGAAGCCCGAGAAUCAGUUAUUGAGGCUCGAAAACAACGAAUUACUAAACUGAAGUUGCUUCUUGAAAGAGUGAUGAGUCAGUUGGAAAAUAAUCGUACUAGCGAAACAGACAAUUGUACAGAUUCAAAACCACUGACAUUGGAUGAAAGACGGAAAUUACUUACUGAAGCCAAACGGCUACAAACUGAGCUUGAAUCGACUGUGGAAGCUGAGAAGAAAGAUUUGGAUAUCCGAAGUUUAAACCGAGAAUCAAACAGCAAAAAAAUGUUCAUUUCAAAACCAAUAGGAAGCACAACAAUUAGUGCGGCCGCAUUACAAGCUUUACCGAGUCCAAUUCGAUUAGAAAGACAAAAACAAAUUUCUGAAAUUCAAAUCGAAAUCGAUAGAUUGGAAGCAAACCUACGUGAUGCAACUCAAGAUGAGGUUAAAUUAAAAGAAGGUCGUCGAAGGAUCGUAGAACUUAAGCGCCAGCUUGUCGACUUGGAGACAGUCCGGCCAUCAGAUAUGUUUUUGUCUCAGAACGCAAGCGGUUGUGCCCUCGGCGACAAUUCCGUAUACCCAAACAGAACUCAAACCAAACUUGAUAAGCGACCUCGAACUUUGUAUAUUACUGGCAUCGAACCAGAUGAUGUAGAAAACUUUCAAAAUGCCCUCUCACUAAAUUACCUGCAUACACAAUCUUGUACAAAACAAACUAACCCUGAAACUAAUCAGUUAGUACUGGAAGUUACAUUUUGCACUCGUGAUUUCGCUGAGGCAGCCAUUCGUCAGUUUACGCAGUUUCAUGGACGUGAUUUACAAAUGAGUUUUGUGUAUCCAGCAUUGUCCGAAACCAAAGCUGGAAAAUUUACUGAUAAUGAUGUAAAACAUGUAAGUUCGGUUAUAGCUUGUGUUUUCUUCAUUUUUAAUCAUUUAAUCACAAAUUGUGUAGAUUCAAUUUUCUUGCUUAUUUGUUUCUUUUGACUUGCCCUUAUUUCAAUUCUGCGUCAUUUAAUUGAUAAAAGUUUAACAUAUAUCUCUAUCAUUUUUAACAACUAAUAGGAAAACGAUUUGGGAGGUUCCAUCUAGAAAGUUAAGUAGGUAACAUUUUGUUACGUUCAGUAAUUCGUGACGUUUGUCAUUAUUAUUAUUAUGGUCAUUUAAUCUAUAUAUCCCAUAUUACUAUGAAAAAUGCUUGUAGACUAUGGAAUUCCGGUUAUUUUUUAGUUGUGUAUAAAUCAAACCAUUUUCUUCAAUCGAAUUCCGUUCAUAUCUUUUUAUUAUUACAACUCCAAAUGUGAUUACUUUGUUUAUCCUCGAUAAUUAAAUAUAUUUUAAAAUAAGUGUCCUUCAGUGUGUUUUGUAAUAGGGUCUUAAGAUUGUCAUACUAUUUUUCGUAGUAUUGUGUGUUUUAAUUUGAUAAUUUCAUUUAACAAAUCGAUCGAUUCGCACUACUAACCUGUGUUCCUCAUUAUUAGGUUUCGUCCACACAAAUUGAAACGUCAGAUCAGUUACAAGCUAUCACAUCUUCCGAGCCUUUGGAUUAUUUUGCUCAUUCCAGCCCUACAUCUACUACUGCUCUGAAUACCAUGUCCUGAUGACUGACAUCCAGUUCCCUAACCGAAUAUCGCUAGUGAUUUGUGUAGAAAGAAAUAACGUUCCUCAUGCGAUAUAUUCCGAAAAUAACGUUUUCUUUGAGAAAAAUAUAUUUUAUUUAAAGCUUUUCUACUUCAAAAGUUUUUUCAUUGUUUGGCUAUGUACACACUGUUUCUUAGUAAUGAGUUGAGUAUCAACUGACUUUAAUUUCUAUGAAAGUGAUAUAGUAGAUUCUAACAAUAAACCCAUUAUUCGCCUUUU